AUGAGCACGAUAAAUAACACGAACACCCCUACCCCAACAGAUGGUACCGGCGAACGCGAUGCUUCAAACACGAACACGAUCAACCACCCUAGCAUAAACACCCUCGGCGGCAGCAGUAAUACCAACACCAGCAUCGACCCGAGCAAUGCAACAACCGUCGCGACCAAUAUCGCCUCUGGACCAUUUCUCGGACUCUUUCCCGCGGCAGGAACUGUCACUGUUACACCUACCACUUCCUCGAACGCGGAAGCACAGCAGCAGCCCUCUAUCGGGGAGGUCACGACGUCGUCCCUACCACAGGCAGUGUUCGCACCAAGCGCGUCCUCGAUUGAGCCUGAUGCAAAUGUUAUUUUAUCGCUGUUGCCGAGCAUCUCGGCCAUCCCGGGAAUCGACACCAACGGCGCCAGCUCCAUUCAGCCGAUAAUGGAAGCGCCAACCUCAAACCCAGCAGCAGUAGCCGUUUCACCGUCGACAAACAUAGUCCUACAGGCACAGGCACAGGCACCGCUGCAGCGACAGCAGGAACAACCAAUGUCUGCUUCAGUGCAGUUUCUGCAGCAGCAGUUGGCUGCACAACAGGAGGCAGCGAACCCCUUGGCUGGCACUGCACAACAAGGACAAGCAUCGGAGCAAACACUGGAGCAAGCACGAACAACGCCAGGACUGUUGCUCAAUGCACAGCCUUCACAUCCAGUCCAAUCUCAGCCUUUACAACAACUUGUCACACAGCAGCUUCUCCAGCAGCUACAGCAGCAGCCUUCUCAGAGCCAAAAUAUGUCUCAGCCCCAACCCCAACGGCAGUCUCUCCAGCAGCAGCGAUCGUCUCCAAUGCGGACACAGCAGGUACAGAUGCCCCAGACUUCUCAAGUGUCUGUAGCAAACCAGGACGGCGCAAUAAUUUCGUCCAUAGAUUUGGCAAAACCGGCUAUCGCCCCAUUGAGUAACGCAUCUAGUCAGAAGCAGCUUCAGGAACGGUCUCAGCAACAACAGCAUGAUCUUCAGCAACUGCAGGAACACAAUGCACGACUGGCAGCUGCAAUGGCUCCAGCUGAGAGUGGAGGACCGGUACCAACACCUCAGAAUAACAGUACCAUGCAACCACUGGAGGGCAUGAUUAGCAACAGCGAUAACAACAGCAGUGGCACAACCAAUGGCAACAACGCUGACGUCCCGGGACUACAUCUUCCACCAACUUCCUCACCCUCAGCACAAUCAUCAGUCCUCGUGAACGACUCUCCUAGUGUAGGACAGCAACAGACACCACCAGUAUUGGAAGGGAGCAAAAUUUCGAACGUUGGCGGCAGCGAUCACAUCGUCAGCUUCCCUAGAUCACCUGUUAUUGGACUCGGAGUUGAGCCUGAGCCUAUGAGUGAACCACUGAACAUUUCUGCCGGAUCAUUUGAAGCACCGGGCUCCAGCAAUUCGAUCCCAUCCAGUCAGCUAGAGGGCGUUAGUCCUCCGGUAGGAAAAUCUCCCCAGAUCUUCAAAGCAACUUACUCGGGCGUCCCGGUUUUUGAGAUGAUAUGCAGGGGAGUUGCGGUGAUGCGUCGUCGCUCGGACUCUUACCUGAAUGCGACCCAGAUUUUAAAGGUGGCCGAAUUUGACAAGCCGCAGCGAACGCGUAUCUUGGAAAGGGAGGUCCAGACUGGGGAGCACGAGAAGGUCCAAGGAGGCUAUGGAAAGUACCAAGGAACAUGGGUGCCGUACGAUCGUGGAGUUCAGCUGUGUCAGGAAUAUAACGUGCUUCAAUUGCUCCAGCCAUUACUUGAGUACCAAUUCUCGAAGAUCAACAGCCCACCUCUGGCGCCCAAACACGUCACUGCCGCAACGAACAGACCCCGAAAACCAAGGGAGCCAAAAGCCCCAGGAAAAUCAAGGAUGAAGAAGUCAAAGUCAAAGGGAGCCGCUCAUCUUUUGCCAAAGCCUGGAAUGCAAGGACCAGUUAUGGGUAUCAUCGAAGGUUCCGGUGCUGGUCGCGAGGGAUCCAUACCGACGUUUGAUAAUGAUGGCGAUGAUGAUGUGAGCACGUCGGAUCUUGACGAUGAAACGCAAAGUCGUGCUGGCACUGAAGCCAGUAUGGACGAGACCAUGAGCAUUUUGUCAGCUCAAACCAGAACACCCUCACCGAUUGAGUCGCGUGCAGAUCUCUCUUCGAGUGAGAUGUCUGAUGUAGAAACAAAUGCAUCAGGACGACGACGGCGCCAGAGAUCUGUCGAGCACGCACCAGGACCUCGCAAAAAGCAGAACAGCCGCCCAGGAGAUGAACUUUUCAUUGGAUACCAUGGCGGUCACAGCGGGCACCCGUCUUCGCAGCAGCAGCAGCAGCCGCAGCUUGGAUACCACAACCCAGCUGCUUUUCAUGCUCAGGAUGUAGAAAUGCGUUUGAGGGACAGUCCUCAUUCACCAUCCUUGCGUCAACCGUCGCCGUCCCCUCGUCGUGGGCCUUCAAGUGAACGUGGCAGGACUUUAGGUCCAGGGUCAUGGCAGGACGAUCGUUUGCCGAAUGCUGGAAUGGCAGCGGAUGAAUCCAAACAGGGCCUGUAUGCGGAGACGCUGCUCAACUAUUUCGUAUCGGACUCGGUCACACUGCCUUCAAUUUUGACCCACCCUCCUCCAGAUCUCGAUUUUGACCUCAUCAUCGAUGAAGAGGGACACACACCUUUGCAUUGGGCGGUGGCGAUGGCACGAACAAAGAUUGUGAAGCUGCUGGUACAACAUGGCGCAGACAUUUACAGAGUUAAUAAUCAAGGGCAGACCGCUUUGAUGCGAUCGGUUCUGUUCACCAACAACUUUGAUCUCAAAACAUUCCCGACCUUGCUGGAGAUCCUCCAAAAGACCAUCUUCACGAUUGACAAGAACGACCAGACUGUUUUCCACCAUGUGGCGGUGACGGCGGGAAUGCGUGGCAAGGUGCAUGCAUCCCGGUACUACAUGGAAUGUCUGCUCGACAAGUUGACACAGCACCCCCAGGAGCUGGCCUCGAUCAUCAACGUGCAGGAUGUUGUCGGCGAUACGGCACUGAUAAUUGCCGCACGGAUUGGGAACAAGAAGGUCGUGCGAUUGCUUCUGGAAAAAGGCGCAGAUCCAAAGAUUCGAAACAAGUCUGGUCGGAAUGCGGAUGAUUUCCUGCAGGACACAGAAAUGAAUGUCGCCGGCAGCAGCAGCGGUGGCGGUGGACCUCCUGUGUCUUCUUCCUUCCCUCGUCCCCAGCAGCAGUCAGCGCUGCCACCUUCAUCAUCCUCGUCCAUACCAUCACCAGCAAUUUCUGGAGGCCAUCAUCUUUCCCCACAACAGCACCAGCAGCAACAGCAACCACCGCCUCAUCAUCAUCACCAGCAGCUACAACAACAACAGCGUUCCCCUGCCCAUCCUCAUCAGCAUCAUCAUAACAGCAGCAAUAUUGGCAGCAGUGGCAACGGCAACCCACAGCGCAUGAGCCAUACUGUCAGCCAGCAGCAACCGCAUCACCACCAAGGCGCCAUGCCCCCGUCGGCAUCAACCACUCCACGCAUACCUAAUCACCCAUCCCCUAACCCGCAUGGUCACCCCUCCUCGACCAUGCGAUCGAUCACUCCACCACCUCCAAGACAAGGAGGUCAUACAUCACUGUCGUCAAACAACCUGGAUCGCUCACCCAAUGCAGGUUAUCAGGACUACCCUCCCAAUCGAUCUCCCAGGAACCCGCUCCAAUCCCACCUGCCUGGUCCUUCGGCGGCCUCUCCACCUCUCUACGGUCAGCGUCUCGAACCUACCACUCGUCCCAACCCUAUGUACGACCCAUCGUCUGGACGUGGACACCCGGGCUUUAAUGGCCAUCCUGCUGGCCCCGCAGGCAAUCGAGGAUUGGCGAUGGAGCGGACUCCAUCUUCGUCCAGGGAUCCUGCUGCAUAUGCCUCUGCACCUCACAAUGGCAGCGGCCCUGACCAAGCUCAAGGUCGGCCAUCUAAGAAGAUGAUUCCGGUAGUGACGGAGCUCUUUGAGCAGCUGACGCAGGCAUAUGAGAAGGAUUUGUAUGAGAAGGAGCAGGAUCUUUUGGAUGCGCGAAACAUGCUGCAGGGGAUUCAGGUCGAUAUUCAGGAUGGUCGUCGGGCGAUUGACGAGCUGCGUUCCAAGACGAUGUAUUUGCGUCAGGCGGAGGACCAGGUUAGGACACUGGAGGGUAUGAUUCGCCACGAGAUCAACCUGCGCCAGCGAUUGAAGCUAGAACAUUUGGUUGCGCAGGAGGAAACGCGAUUGAGGCGGGAGAUGGAGGAAGAAAAGGAAAAGGAGAAGAACUCGUUUGGGGCGACAGGAACAGGUGCUGUUGAUUUGGAACGCGUGCGUGCGCUGGAAAAGGAGGCGGCGGAAUUGAGGUCUAGUCUGGCACAUCUCCAGCAGACGCGCAAGGACCAGGUGGAGCAGGUUGUGCAGCUGAAGAGUCAACAAGGAAAGAGAAGACACGAGUACAAGCGGUUGAUUGCGCUGUGUUGCAAUGUAUCUAUCGAUGAGGUCGACGGACUGUUAGGGCCGUUGUUGAGUACGCUCGGAAGCGAGGAUGGACUGGUCUAA